AUGAUUCAUCUGUUCAUCAACUUUCCGUGGACUCGUCGGACUCUUUACCCUUUCAGGCUUUUUAUUAGAUUCUGCUUAGGAAUUCCGUUGAUCAACUAUCUCCUAGAAUUCUUCAGCAUCUCAGAUCAGGUAAAUGAGAUAGUGUUCACAUCCCGCACACGCCUCACCAAAGAGCUCUGGGAAUUCAUAUUUGAAGAGGUCAAGCAUAGAUCGCUCUUAGUUGUUGGAUCGGAAAGUGCCAGCCAUAUAUAUUCGGCUAGAGGCGACUGGAUUCUGCGCGAUAUGCAAAUCGAGGAUUAUUAUGAGAAACUCCUGCCAUAUGUCACUGAAGUGGAGUAUGAUCAGGGCAUUCUGGUGUGGCACGUUGCAACUGAGCUCUUACACCAAACAGAAGUAGACAAUGCAGCAAGAAAUGUCAGAAGCAAAGAGUACAGCAAAACCAUUUCAGACUACAUGAUGUACCUCUUAGUCGCACAAUCCUCUCUUAUGUCAACAGUUGCAGGAAUUGAUAAGAUAAAAUUCAAAGACGCUAUAGCAGAAGCCAAAAACUCUAAAGAGGCUAAAAAGCUGUUUCAGAAGAUGCAUGUUGAGGGUUCAAGAGAUGCAAAGAAGGCCUGUGCAGCAAUUGUGGAUUCCUUUACGGAAUUUGAGCUAGGGAAUGGGAACGCCAGACGGUAUCAAAGCAAGUCCAUGUUGUUCCAAGCGAGCAUGCUAGCGAAGGAGCUUCUGCAUAUAACAAAUGAAAGAGGCAAUGAUGCAAUGUGGAAAGUAGUGAGCAAAGUGUGGGUGGAGAUGCUUUGCUACGCAGCAACUCACUGUGAUUCUAAACAACAUGCAGCUCAACUCAACAAAGGUGGUGAACUGAUCAACUUUGUUUGGCUAUUGAUGGCUCAUUUCGGACUCGGAGAGCAAUUCAGGACCACCAAGGAAGAUUCUAGAGCCACACUGAUUCUUACCAAAACAAGCACCUCUUGCCUUGUGUAACACAUUGUAUCUCUCGUCUUUUGUCUUCAACAUCUUUGGUUAUUGUUGACUAAUCAUAAUCCACAACUCGUCUCAAUUCUUUAAAACCCUAAUUUGCUAUAUGUAACCUAAAUUGCCUUACUGCCUGAGUAUUUCGUGCUCCUGCUCCAUAUUCAAACCAGAGAAUCCAGAAGUAGCUUUGCUAACUUU